UGUUGUGUUUCCGGGCUGCGCUUUCUCUAUGUAAUUUGUUCCUAGUUUUUCUAAAUCAACGCUUGAAAUUGGUAUUUCCUCCCUUUUGCUUUUCUUUCGUUUUAACUGGCAUUUUUUUUUUCCUUUUCAGUGGAACUCAUGCCGCAGGACUGCGUUCCGGAUUCAACCGCUUAAUUUUAGUCUGUUUUGCUACACCUGUAAGCUAGCUAGCCUGUUAGCGUGUGGUAGCUAAAUAGAAGGAUCCUAUGCUAGCUCCAUAACGGUGGCCCUAGGAUCACUGAUGGCAGCUCGGCAGCCCUUCACAGAUACGGACACUGCGGAUGAAGCGGUCAGGGCGACCUGUGACGAUGCAACCAUCUGUAAAAGGUUUGCUACCAGUAAAGGCUACUGGAAGGACUCCUGUCUUCAGUACUUUGUCAGGAAUGUAGGAGAGCGGAAGGCUCCUGAAAUCAACAGAGGUUACUACGCUCGGGUUAAAGGGGUCAACCUUCUCCUUGAUGCAUUUCUAAGGAAAACAGAAUGUCAAUGUCAAGUAAUCAACCUGGGUGCCGGCCUGGACACCACCUUUUGGAGACUAAAGGAGCAAAACUUGUUACCGAAGAAGUUCUUUGAAGUGGACUUUCCAACUGUGGUGGCCAGGAAGAUCCACUAUAUAAAGACAAAGCCGCCCCUGUCCAAACCCAUCAUUGAUAUGCACUCCGCUGACUCAUUACUACUAGAGCCCCACGCCCUCGACUCGGAUCGUUACUGCAUCAUUGGGGCCGACCUCAGAGACAUCUCAAACUUGGACGACAAACUGAAGAAGUUCCAGCUCAACACAGAGUUACCUACGUUGUUCUUAGCAGAGUGUGUUCUGGUUUACAUGAAUCCAUCGCAGUCCUGCAACCUUGUUCACUGGGCAGCAGAAACAUUUCACACAGCCAUGUUUAUAAACUACGAACAGGUGAACAUGAGUGACCGAUUCGGUCAGGUGAUGGUGGAGAACCUGCAGAGGCGCCAAUGCUCAUUGGCUGGAGUCGAGGCCUGUCAGUCUCUGGAUUCUCAGAAAGAGCGUUUCCUGGCAGCAGGCUGGGAGCAGGCCAAUGCUCUGGAUAUGAUGACGGUUUACGGUAUUCUUCCUCAGGAUGACGUGGCAAGAAUCGAGCAGUUGGAGUUCCUGGACGAGCGGGAGCUGCUGCAGCAGCUUCUCCAGCACUACUGCAUCUGCUGGGCCACCAAGGACAAACUCAACUUGGGCUUGUCCCAGCUGGCGUUCUGAGGCGCUC